CGUCGUCCUCCCGACCGUCUCACUCCCGCCCCCACCUCCGCAUCCGAUCUCCGAAACCUAAUAAUCCAACGGUCGCGCCCGCGUCCUCUCGGAUGGAGGUGGCCCAGCCCCAGGCGAGCAACGCCCAGGGAGGGGCGGAGCCGGCCAUGAAGCUACUGUUCGUGGAGAUGGGCGUCGGCUACGAUCAGCACGGCCAAGAUAUCACCGCCGCCGCCGUGCGCGCCUGCAAGGACGCCAUCACCUCCAACUCCAUCCCCGCCUUCCGGGGCGGGUCCAUUCCAGGAGUGAACACGGACCAGAUGAAGCUGCAGAUCAAGCUCGGAGUGCCUAGGUCGACGCAGCACUUGCUGGAUGCUGAGAGAGUCAAGGCCGUCUUCCCCUAUGGCAAGAUAAUCAGCUUUGAGGUCGUUGACGGUGGCAUGAUCUGUUCAAGCGGCGUGUGCCUGGAAGCAAUGGGGGAUAAGAACGAUGACUGCUACAUAGUCAACGCUGCAGUGUAUGUCGGCUACUGAUGUACUGUAGUACCUGGAAUGGAACAGUAGAGAUUGGUUAUGGUUCCUCCGUUAUAGAAAAAAAAAACUGCUACCUCCGUCCUAAAAUAAAAUAGUUGAUAUUUUUUCUUCAUAGAAGCCAAAUAUUGUAAACUUUGACUAAAAAUUACUCCCUCCAAUUUUUUUU